AUGAAGACCAUGGAGCGGCUCAUCCUCAACCAUCUCCGCUCCGUGGUCAGCCCCACCCUGGACCCGCUGCAGUUCGCCUACAGGCCCAACAUCGGAGUAGAGGACGCCGUCAUCUACUUCCUGCAGUGGACGCUCUCCCACCUGGAGCCCGCCGGGAGCGCUGUGAGGGUCAUGUUCUUCGACUUCUCCAGCGCUUUCAACACCAUCAGGCCGAGACGAGGAGUUUCUCAUGAAGAAUCUCAUUAUUAUGGCUGUUGGUGCAGUCGCGCAGGGCCUGGGGCUCACUGGGUUCAUGUGGGUCAAGUGCAGAGAGGACUAGGGUCAUCAUGGGUCUCAGAUGAUCCCCCUCCAUCUCACCCUGAGUUUUCCCUGAGUGUGGCCUUCAUGUGGAGGGUAAGUCUCCAGCAGUGCAGAGUGUCCAUCCUGGAGCCCUGCGAGGGGGACUGGGGACACAGCAACAAAGACUACAGACAGGAACCAGAGGACAGGACCCAGAGGACAGGAACCAGAAGACAGGGACCAGAGGACAGGAACCAGAGGACAGGCACCAAAGGACAGGGACCAGAGGACAAGGACCAGAGGACAUGGACCAGAGGACAGGAACCAGAGGAGAGGAACCACAGGACAGGGACCAAAGGACCAGAGGACAAGAACCAGAGGACAGGAACCAGAGGACAGGGACCAGAAGACAGGGACCAGAGGACAAGAACCAGAGGACAGGAACCAGAGGACAGGCAGCAGAGGACAGGGACCAGAGGACAGGACCCAGAGGACAGGAACCAGAAGACAGGGACCAGAGGACAGGAACCAGAGGACAGGCACCAAAGGACAGGGACCAGCGGACAUGGACCAGAGGACAGGGACCAGAGGACAGGAACCAGAGGACAGGCACCAGAGGACAGGGACCAGAGGACAGGCACCAGAGGACAGGAACCAGAGGACAGGAACCAGAGGACAGGAACCAGAGGACAGCGACCAGAGGACAGGGACCAGAGGACAGGCACCAGAGGACAGGAACCAGAGGACAGGAACCAGAGGAGAGGAACCAGAAGACAAGAACCAGUGGACAGGAACCAGAGGACAAGAACCAGAGGACAGGGACCAGAGGACAGGAACCAGAGGACAGGGACUAGAGAACAGGCACCAGAGGACAGGAACCAGAAGACAGAGACCAGAAGACAAGAACCAGAGGACAGGGACCAGAGGACAGGAACCAGAGGACAAGAACCAGAGGACAGGGACCAGAGGACAGGAACCAGAGGACAGGCACCAAAGGACAGGGACCAGAGGACAGGGACCAGAGGACAGGGACCAGAGGACAUAGACCAGAGGACAAGAACCAGAGGACAGGAACCAGAGGAGAGGAACCACAGGACAGGGACCAGAAGACAGGAACCAGAGGACAGGGACCAGAGGACAGGGACCAGAGGACAGGGACCAGAGGACAGGAACCAUGGGACAGGGACCAAAGGACAGGAACCAGAGGACAGGAACCAGAGGACAAGAACCAGGGGACAGGCACCAAAGGACAGGCACCAAAGGACAGGAACCAGAGGACAGGAACCAGAGGACAGGCACCAGAGGACAGGAACCACAGGACAGGAACCAAAGGACAGGGACCAGAGGACAGGGACCAGAGGACAGGGACCAGAGGACAGGGACCAGAGGACAUGGACAAGAGGACAAGAACCAGAGGACAGGAACCAGAGGAGAGGAACCACAGGACAAGAACCAGAGGACAGGAACCAGAGGACAGGAACCAGAGGACAGGGACCAGAGGACAGGAACCACGGGAUAGGAACCAGAGGACACGAACCACAGGACAGGAGGGGCCACCAGAGGACAGGAACCAGAGGAGAGGAACCAGAAGACAAGAACCAGAGGACAGGGACCAGAGGACAGGAACCAGGGAACAGGGGCCAGAGGACAGGGACCAAAGGACAGGAACCAGAGGACAGGGACCAGAGGACAAGAACCAGAGGACAGGGACCAGAGGACAGGAACCAGAGGACAGGCACCAGAGGACAGGAACCAGAGGACAGGAACCAGGGGACAGAAACCAGAGGAGAGGAACCAGAAGACAAGAACUAG